UAAUGUCAUUUGAAGGUCUAAAAGACUUAGAUUUAUUAAUCAGAGAAGAGAUAUCAUCAAUCGAUAAAAUUGCCUCAACAGCAAGAGAAAACUCAACUUCCACCAUCCCAAAAUAACAAGAAUCACUCCACAGAAUCCAAUCUUCUCUAUCCCCCCAAAACCCCCAUCCUCACUCCAUGUACUCCUUCAGUAACCCAGAGCCGUGAAGGAAAUGGUAGCAUGAACAUAGAAAUUACCAAGAAAGAGGGAAUAAAAGGAAUGUUUGAAAAAUGAAAGAAAAAGCCACUUAGAGAGAUCCAAAACCUGACAAGCCCUGAUGAAGAAGACAGAAUAGACUCAAAGGAAUAUGAUGUUUUCUAUGAAGUGGAGGAGGAAGAGGAAGAAGUUGAUGAUUAUAUAGACAGACUUAAUAAUUCCAGAUCAGAUACUCUCAAGAAAAGUUCUCAGAAUUCUUUUGGUGUAAAGAGUAAAGAUAAGGAUCACUUAAAAGUUAAAACUAAUUCGAAUAAUGGUAGCUAUCAUUUUAUUGGCAGCAGUUUUGGCAAAAACUCAAUCCCAGCACUAAAGGAGUGAAUGAAAGAGAAACAGAAAUUACAAAAAUCAGAUCCAAUAGUUUACGAAAACAAAAUGUCAGAAGAGGUAAAACUAAACGACACUCUUCAAUACAGUCAAGAGCCACAAUCAUCUGAGAAAGGCGGCCCAGGAUCAAAAUCGCCUUGCUCUUCUUCGGUUGAUGCGAAAUCACCUUCAAAUAUUUCUAUCCAAACACUUUUCUCUCAGUUACAAUACCUAGAGAAAGCUCCAAUAACUUUAAAGGAUUUAUUCUCUACACCAGUGAAUGUGAACGAGCCUGCUCAGCUUCAUACUCUAUAUGAAAAAUUUAAGACAGUCCCUAGAGAAGUACUUUUCAAACAAUUUGUAAUAAAUCAGCGGCAGACUAUACCAGUAAGGACUCAAAAAGAGGCUCAGGUUUCAGACCUAACAACCGAAAAUCUCAGAUUGAAGCAUGAAAUCUCAACACUUAAAAAUGAAAACGCACGGCUAUAAAAUAUUAUGAAAGAGAAAACUCUUCAAAAUAUUCAAAGGAGCAAU